AUGUGUCGCAUUGGGUUUUUUGUGUUUAUUUGUUUUCUACAAUAUGUAGCUGCGUUUAGUGGCCUGUGUGGGAGAAAUAACUCGAAAGAGCUCAGCUGUACAACAGAGAUCCUCGGCCAAAGAAGCACGGACUAUGACACCUGUAAGAUGAAAGUAUUCCCUCCGGACAGUCAUGAAUGUGGCGCCAUGACCUUCGGACCAUUAUCUCCAAACACCCAUAUCGGGGGCGUGACGCUCAAACCAUACAUCGUGACUAUGCGACACAACACCUUCUACGUCAACCACACGGUCCUGAAUAUUACUUUCAGUAACAUUAAAUGGAAGACCAUGAAGUUCCGAUUCCAAGACAAGUAUAGAGAGAAUAAAAACCACUGCAGAACUAUCACCAUAUCAAAUGACAUCACAAUCGACGAUGAAUCAGUGCUUUUCUAUGACUGUUACUGGCCGAAGACAGAUGAUAGAGAUGGACAAAGCCAUACCCUGGACUUCGAAGCCGUGGCUGAUGAUAAAACUGUUAACAGAGGAAAAUAUUACUUCAAUAUUCCCUCUGCUGAGAUGCUUAGCUUAACAACAACAGAAGAUAGAUGGAAGCCGUUCAUCUACAUAGAAAUCUUCAACAGCAUUAUGCGUCUCCACGUAAUGCCACCUCCUCGACAAUUGAAAAUAAACGCCUACCGCAUCAGGGUUGUCACUCUCGGUGUCAGACGAGACGUGCAAUCUGCUAGAGUCCCUCUAAAGAAUAAUACGGAAGAAGUGACGUAUGACUAUAACUUUGUCGGUACAAAUGGGUCCGUCAGCUUCAUAGUGACACCCCUACAUGAUCAGUGCGAGAUGGAAGGUGUCGGAUGUACGUCAGUGGAAAGUCCAAGGAUUAAGAUCAGCAGCGAGCCUCAGACCCUUAACAUCUGCAUAGCGAGUAUCACAGCUCUGAUCGUGGCCACUCUGUUCGCAUACUACAUCGUUCUGCGACUCAUGCGGCGCUACUGUUGCCACGAUAGAUAUAGAGAGGAAUUGCCUCUUAUGAUCCCGACGCCACCGAAGAUCUUGGUAGUAUAUUCCCCAGCGAACCGGCUCCACGCGGAAUGCGUGAUGUCGUUCGUUACAUACCUUCGAUCGGAGUAUGGCUUCGACAUUAUGUUCGAUGGAGACAUUUCCACCUCUCUUAAAGACCCAUACAACUGGGCACAGAAAGCCUUCGAGCUCGCCACACACGUUCUCUACGUAGUUGGCCCCGCAAAGGAAGCAAACUCCUUUAAAAACAUAUACGAUGAUCCCAUAAUAAGUCCCCUACAAAACGUCGAUGUCCUACUCCUAUCUUUCGUGAGAGCCAACAGAAGCACUAAGGAGGUCAUCAACGUCAAGUUCGAUCAUUCCAAUGACGAAGUCCCCGAGGAAACUAAACAUGCUAAGACCUUCGUUCUACUCAAAGAUUGGCAGAAACUCAUAUCAUAUCUGUCCAAAGACUUGCUCCCUAAAGUACAUAUAAUGCGUUCAGAGAGAGGUAAGCGCUUCUACGAAGAUUUGAACAGGGCCAAAAAGCUGUUGGGCGCUAAAAAUGAUGAGGUCAGCCUACAGUACGAGAAGGUAAAGAAUUUUGAAAAGAAAAUUUUGGUGUAA